GUGUCGUGAGGAGGAUCGGGUCUAUUGUCCCAGCCUGAAACAAAGCGUCACGAUGGGCCAAUGGAGGGGUAUUGAGCUAUUGACUCAACCUGCUGGUGGUGUAUUGGUUUAUUAACAAUCAUUAUAUGUAUCCUGGUAGCUCAGAGCCCCAGUCAUGGGCCAGGCCCCCACUGUGCCAGGCGCUGUACAUUUUAUUGCUAUUAGGUGUAUUACGGUAGCACCUCAGUGCCCCAGUCUUGCUCCAGGCCCCCAUGGUGUUAGGGGCUGUACAAAGAAGCCAGCAGCAGUUGGGAGUUAUCAUCCUCUGACACAUGCCAGCCACUGGACAGGGUCAAAGACCGAGAGACACAGGGGACUUCCAUUCCCCCUUCUCUCAGGGCAGAACAAAGAGGUGGGGGCUCACACCACAUAGAAUUAAGUGGGGGUUUGGGCCACAGACACACCAGACUCAUGCUGGAGUCCCAGGGUCACAGCCUGAGCCCAUCACUGGGAGACAGGUGAGUUGCCCUGGAUGUAACUGACACAGCGAUGCUACCUGAGUCUGCUGAGAGCCUGAGCCCCUUGCUGUGAGAGAGGGGAGCUGCCCUGGGUAAAACUGACAUAGUGAUGCUGCCUGAGUCUGCUGAGAGCCUGAGCCCCUUGCUGUGAGAGAGGGGAGCUGCCCUGGGUAUAACUGACACAGUGAUGUUGCCCGAGUCUGCUGAGAGCCUGAACCCCUUGCUGUGAGAGAGGGGAGCUGCCCUGGGUAUAACUGACACAGUGAUGCUACCUGAGUCUGCUGAGAGCCUGAGCCCCUUGCUGUGAGAGAGGGGAGUCGCCCUGGGUAUAACUGACACAGUGAUGUUGCCUGAGUCUGCUGAGAGCCUGAGCCCCUUGCUGUGAGAGGGGGAGCUGCCCUGGGUAUAACUGACACAGUGAUGCUACCUGAGUCUGCUGAGAGCCUGAGCUCCUUGCUGUGAGAGGGGGAGCUGCCCCAGGCAUUCCAAUGAAAUGCUGAUUCCCAGUUCUCCUGCUCCUGGGUCCUAGACAACCCCACCCCUGCGGAGGGCUCUGGGCAGAGCAGGAAAGGAAGAGCACUUGGAGCCAAGCCCCAUGUGCCCAUCGGCUGCUGCAGUAAACACUGGUCCCCUCAGCUAUCCAGUGCCCUCACCUCGCUGGAGUGGAGUGAGGACCUUGGGUGUGGGGAGGGGAAAUUCCCCUUUCUCCCUGGCCAUUGCUGCUGCUCCCCUAAGGCUCAGGACUCUCUGUUGGUGGGGGGUUGAAUCUUGUAGCCCCAUCUCCCAUGAAGCCUGGCAAGCCCCUCACCAAUGGGGAGAUAACAGGGGACCCCAAAAGAAACCCUAGACCUAGCCGGCUUCCCUAUCCCUUCUCCCCAGGACUGCUUCUUCUCUGACCCUCCUUCCCUUCCGCAGGAAAUGCCAGGGUCCAACAGGCAGCCAGACACAAAAGGGGGCAGGGCGCGGAGCUACAUAGAUGGGGUGUGUGGGGAUAGAUGGACACAGGGGUGGAUGGGGAUGGAUGGGUGGUUAGAUGGGGUGGAUAGAUGGAUGUGGGGAGGGAUCGCUCAAUGGAUCAAUCACUUUGGAGACUUUCCCACCCUACUCGAGGCUGGGGAGCAGGCGCGGGGGGGACCUCAUGCCCCCCCCCAGUUGCAGGCUCAGGGGUUCUGCAUCCUCCAGCCAGCGGGGGUGGGGGAGACUGGUAGGGGGACCCAGCCAGGGUUGCUACGGAAACCGAGCGCCCUUGGCCUGCUGGGAGCAGGGUUGGGAGUGAGCAUGCCCGGUGCCGGGGAAUGGGAGGGGACGGAGCCAGCCAGGCGGAGGAAGGACGGGGGAGGCUGGCGCCGGGCUGCAGCAGGGGCCGGAGUGGGCAGGGGCGCGCAUUGCGGAGUGGGGGGCACAGACCCCCCCCAGCAGGCUGGCUGCAUGCCGGGGAGGGAAGGGAGCAGCAGAGAGGAGGUCAGACUAGAUGAUCAUGAUGGUCCCUUCUGGCCGUAAAGUCUCUGAGUCUCUGAGAUCUGCAGGGCACCGUCUUGCCUGGCACGGUGCCCCCUUCCUCUAGCACCGCCGUGGGGCCCGCCUCGCCGUGCAGGGUAUCCACGCCCUCCAGGGACCCCCCAGCGACCCCUCUCCACUGGGCGCCAGGCAUGCCCGGGGACGCCGAGGAGAUCACCCGUCUGCGCAAGCCCCGCUUCUCCUACGAGGAGAACCAGAUCCUCAUCCAGGAGGUGCGCGCCCACUACACCAAGCUGUAUGGCACCCAGAGCCGGCAGGUGACGGUGGCCGAGCGCCGGCGCGUCUGGGAGGGCAUCGCUGCCAAGAUCAAUGCCAUCACCAGCUGGAAGCGGACGGGCCAGGAGGUGCAGAAGCGCUGGAAUGACUUCAAGCGACGCACCAAGGAGAAGCUGGCGCGGGUGCCCCACUCAACCCAGGGUGCUGGGGGAGCAGCUGCCAGCGAGGAGACCUUCUCAGCGGAGGAGGAAACCAUCUUUGCCAUCCUGGGGCCCAGCGUGGUGAUGGGGCCCGGUGGGGCAGAGCAGCACCCCACAGCCUUCACCCACAGAUACCACCAUGGCUCUGAGACGCUGGCCGGGGGCAAGGUCUCCUCGAGCCCUGAGCCCUCGGUCCAGUCCCCGUGUUGCGCCCUGGACGGGGUCCUCCUGCGGCCCAAGGAGCGCAACUCACCGGCGCCCCCCUCAGCUGAGCCCUCUCUGCAAAUUGUGCGGCUGGCACCCUCGCCGGCCGGGCUGGGCCACCGGCUCCACCCAGGACACUCACCCACGGAGCAGCCAUGCAGGGAGCAGCUCCCGGGCUCCCUGCCUCCUCGCCGCCGGCGCCCGCGCCCUGAGCUGCCUCCGGAGCCCUCACUGGAUCUCCUGGCUGCCCAGCGGGAGACGGCCGAGGCCAUCCGCGACCUGACCUACACCGUGCACCACAGCCUGGACCGUCUCACCAAUGUGGUAGCCGCCCUCCUGCCCCUCCUCCCAGCCCAGGGACCUGGCCUGGGCGCCGCCCGGGGGGGCCUCUUCCACCAGCAGGCGCCCAUCAGCUCCCCACUGCCGGCGCCCCCCACCAAGAGCCCACUCCCCGCCGAGACCUUCGCCACCAAGGUGGAAACACCCCCUGAGCCGGCGGAGAAUGCGGGACAAUCCCAAGGGGACCUCCCCGCCGAGGCCCUGCCCUGCCGCAGCUCCCCGCCACUGAAGCGAAGGAAGGGAAUCCCCACUCGGAAGCGUAGGGGGCGCUGGAAGAAUCUGUGACUCCCCAGAGCCUGGGGAUCCCCCACAGUGGAUCCUGCCCCCGAAAGUAGGCAGGUGCAGGGCACCCGCCACGGGACAGCAAGAGUUCGAUAACUCGAAGGGAAGUUCUCCUGAAGCCCCCCCCCCCCAUCCAAUCGUCCCACACACCCCAUGGCGCAGAGGACGCCCUAUCUACUCCAACAGGGAGUGAGUCCGCCUCCACCCCCGGGCUUUGCUAUGAUCAGCCAAACCCUGGCAAAAGGGCUGACUGUGUCUGCAACUGGAAAUCGGAGACUGCCACAUCCUCUGCCCCAGCUCUGCUGGUGCCCCACAAUCCCAGCCCACAGGCCCCCGGGUUCCCCCCAGCU